AUGGGCAAGAAUGGGCAUACAGUUCCUGAGUGUAAGCACAAGGAAGUUAUCUGUUUCAACUGUGGUGGAGAAGGUCGCAUUAGUAGCCAGUGUCAGAAACCAAAGAAGGCACAAGGUAGUGGAAAGGUGUUUGCUUUAGCAGGGACUCAGACAACUACGGAGGACAUACUUAUCCGAGGUCUUAUGUUGUCUUUUAUGAAUGGUGAGAUGGUCGUCGAGAUUCCAGAUAAGGAAUCAGUGACUACUUAUCUUGUGUGUUUAAAGUGUCCUUUGUCGAUCUUUGACAGGGACUUUGCUAUUGAUUUGGUGUGUUUGCCGUUAAGCGGUUUGGAUGUUAUCUUAGGUAUGAACUGGUUAGAAUAUAAAUAUGUUCAUAUUAAUUGUUAUAAAAAGUCGGUGAGGUUUUCUACUCCUGAAAAGGAAGAGACUGGUUUAUUGUCUGCUAGACAGUUACGGAAGAUGAUGCAAGAGGAAGCUCAGGUGGUGCGUGAAUUUCCUGAAAUUUUCCCUGAUGAAAUUCCUGAUGUACCACCAAAAAGAGAAGUUGAAUUUAUGAUCAAUCUUGUACUUGGUACCUGA